AUUAUUAAAAAUGUCAUCUAGUUUAUUUAUUUUUAAGUAAUACGAAUUUUUUUAAUUAAAGAGAACUUUAAAUUAAGGAAUAAGAUAGUCAAGGGCCUUAAUAAACCAUAAAAAAUUAAAAAAAUAGGUUCAAGAACUGUUGUCUGAUUAAAAAAAAUUAUUUUAAUUGUAGAAGUCUUAAAGGGAGACUAUUUUUUUAAAUCUUUAUCUUUUCCAAACUUAAAUAAUUCAAAUGUAAUGUCUGACAGCUUCCCUGCUUUCAGACAAUGGCCGCCCUGGGCCUUCUCCUUCUAGUGGGCGUGCACGGGACCACAAUAAUCAGCAUCAAGUAUCCGGAGAAGCCAGCCGACGUGAUCGUGGAGCCACAGCCCGCCAAGAGGGAUCUGAGUCUCAGCUAUGCGGCCACCAACAUCGACUCCAAGGAGGGUACUCGCGUCAAGACCAUCACAGUGAUCAAGAAUGUCGGUGGGAUACCUGCUUCAGCCGCUGCCGCUGCCGCAGAAGAAGUGGCUGCCCUUGGAGCCUCUGCCGGCCAUAAUAACCGAACGAAGCUGGCUAUCGAUCCGAAGCUGCACAAGAGCGAGGAGUGGGCGAACGCCUUCCGGGAUAACUUUGAGUCUUACGGAGCGCUGCCCGAUGUACCGGACAUUGAUGAUCUUUUCGAGUUUGUGAACCGGAAGAAGCCGCAGGAGGCAGAGAAGAAGCUGGAGGCGUCCCCCGAACCGGAGGACAAGGCAAAGAAAGAGCCCGCCAAGCCAGUGGCUGAGACUACCACCAAGAAGGUAUCAGUUAGUGAGCAGAGCGAUGGAUUAGCUGGAAGGAGGACUAUCCAGGAUGCCGGCACGUCUGGCAACGUCGACAGUGACGAGGCUGUGGUGGAGAAGAUCAAGGGCGAUGCCGAGCUGCUGCCCCACAUCCAGCAGGCCAACAUCCUGCGCCUUCAGGCUGCCCAGGCUCGCUCCGGGCUGCGCACCAAAGAGUCCUUGAUCGCCGUCAACUACUCCACACCCAUGCACCAGGUGAGCCAAUACUUCGACAACUAUGUCCAGGCCGUGCCCAACGGGUAUGACUACUCCAAGCCCUGCGGCGCUCCACCGGGCAACAGCAUUCAAGUAACCACACCCUCGGGUCGCACCUACGACAUUCCGCAAAGCAACAGCAGCGGUACUGGCGGCGGGAAUCACCCGUAUAUCGCACCAGCGAUCUCAAAAAAGACACAGAUUCCAGCCGGACCGGCCCCACCGGCGGCUCAGCAACCACCACCGCCCAACUACUCCUCCGUGAACUCUAUUGUGCCGCCAUUAGCGCAGCAGCAGCCGCCACAACCAGUGCCCCAAGGCAUUCCGAACCAGAACUUGCCUCCGAACCAGAACCAGAUCCCACAGCAGCCACCGAUAGUCACACCACCAAACACUGUAAACAUCCUUCCUCCUCUGGGGGCGGGCACUGGGGGAAUCUCUACCAGCCAGCGUCCCUAUGUGGCGCCCAAGCUGCGCAACAAUGGCCUGGGCAUCAGUCGAGCUCCAAGCAGCACCCAGGGACCGGUAUUGUUUCCCCCAGUUACCAUACAGCAACAACAACAACCCGGUAUUCCCCAGCCGGCGGGAAAUGCUCCGCAAGCACCCAGCUUCCGCACCAACAUAUACGGUGGCGGCUCAAAUCGACAAAACACUUUGCGAUCGCGUGGCCUAAAGUAUUAAGCUCUUAAACUAAAGAUCCACUUCGAAUAGUGAUAGGUUAUCAAAAUUUGAAGAAUUUGAGCGCUAUAUUAGUAUUUUUAACCCAUUAUGGCAAUAUGCAGCUAAUAAUAAAGAAAGGAUAUUCAAACUAAUAGAAUUAAGAGUAUUUAGGAAAGAGAAAAGCAAUAAAAUUAAAGACCAGAAAUAACGAAACUUUCGAAUAUUUGAAUGUGAGGGCGGGAAAGUCGUUGGACUGUCUCCAGGGUUGCCAAUACAUGUAAAUUAAUGUAACAAAUUUGGUUUGGUGAGAUUGUUUUGGUUUAUUUGGUAAUUAAUUUGCUAUCUUAGUUAACCGAAAACAAAUAACAG